GGAAGGGUAAUAAAUAAAUAAAUAAUAAUAUUUGGAAUACCUGAUGAAAACAUAUAGAGUUUCUUCCCUUUCAAGCUAAAACCGAAAGUAAAACCUGGUGGCCGUGGUUACAAUUGCUGUUCAAAGAAUCCGAAAGUAUAGGAUAUCUUAUCGUGUUCAUUUAAGGAAGGAUGGGUACUCUCGCCAGGAUAUUAAUUGUUCUACUCACAGUCCAUUGUUUACUGCUGUUACAUAUUGAAUGUAAACAACGUAAGAACAAAAACAGCGGGACAGAAACCAACUUUGAUCAAGAAGUAAAGCCGGGGCAGUUAACUUGUCAAAUAUGUGGAAAGUCUUUCAAGACGCAGAAGAGUCUUCAACAGCAUAUAAGGGAUAAGGGUCAUGAGCUAUCAGACUCUCGAAAUAGUGAAAACAAUCUUCCAAAAAAGCCAGUACAAAACAUUGAACCAAAACGAGCUAAGUUACAGAAGACAGAAACCAACUUUGAUCAAGAAGUAAAGCCGGGGCAGUUUACUUGUCAAACAUGUGGAAGGUCUUUCAAGACGCAGAAGAGUCUUCAACAACAUAUAAGGGAUAAGGGUCAUGAGCUAUCAGACUCUCAAAAGAGUGAAAACAAUCUACCAAAAGAGCCAGUACAAAACAUUGAACCAAAACGAGCUAAGUUACAAAGAAGUAACAGUAUUGAUAGAGAUGACAGGGUUGAUUCAACAAAGGAACGCCGUAGAUCAAUCAGCGAGAUGGAGAAAGACGAAAUAGCUAUAGAUAAGAAUGAGAAGAAGAAUGCCAAUGCCGAAUACUCGUAUGUUAUGAAGAAGAUCAUAAACCACGUGCGUACAUACAGUAAGGGAGAUAUUUACUCUGCAGACAUUCAUUUAGCAGGCAGUAACUUGGUUAAAACGAAAGUAGGGAGUGCGGAUGAGGUUGAUACCAAUAUAAAACUCAAAAUAGACGUCGAAGAUAUUCUAACUGAUACAACAUUGACGUACAUCUACGAGGAUAAGAAUACGUUUGAUGACAAACGGUCAGUCCCACGAGAAAUGACACCGGAUCGUAAAUUUAGAGAUAUACCUGAGACGUCUAUUCCACAUGGUCAAGCUGUUGUUAAAGUAAAAAACCCUUCAUUAUUAUAUAAUCUGACAUACAAGGACGACUUGAUUCCACAUAAAGUACUACAAGAUCUCCAUUCAAAGGUGGGAAAGGCUAUUGAAGACCUCAACUUUUCACACGUUAAACUAUCUCCAACGGCACAAGGACCAGCACUAACUAUAACCAUAAAACAAGAGAAAUAUAGCGACAUCAAUGUAGACAUCGUACCGUCUUUACCGUGUUCCCUUCCAGUAGACAUUCAUGGUUGGCCAAGAAAAGACUCUAGAAGCGCAUUCAAAAAGAAAGUUGAAGCCGUUAAGAAGGCUGGACUGCAUUUAGUACCUAAAGGCGACGAGACAUGGACCAUUUCCUAUUCCAAGGCUGAAAAAGCCCUUUUAGAUGGUAUUGAUGAUAAUAAUGAAUAUAGACGUGGUGCUAUGAAGCUAUUGAAGCAGUUUUUGCAGAACUGCAAAGAGGAUUCACCCAGCAAAUUACCGGGAUUGUCAUCCUACAUAGUGAAGAUUCAAAUACUUUGGUCAAGCGAGAGACGGAGAUCACCUGGGUAUUGGUCAGCAAAAUACAAGGACCGGAUUUUACUUGAUGUAAUAGAUGAUAUGGUGGAAUCUUUGGAAUCUGGAAUAUUACCGGAGUAUUUUGAUGUAAAAAUAAAUAUCCUAGCUACUAAAAGUAAAUCCGAGCUUCAUCACUUUGCAGAGUGUCUUAAGAAAGAAAAGAAGAAAAUAGAAAUGAAACAGAAGGAUGAAUUGUAUAUUUGUGUUGUGUUUUUUUAUUCCUCCAUGGUCCACGUAGUCGAAUAGUUCAGGUCUUUGACUCGAAAAAUCAGUUUUAAUCUCAAGCAUGUAGCAUUGUAUCCUAUCAGGGGCUUUUGAACUGUUUCAUGUGAAGAAGCUAUUCAGGGGGCGUAUAGAAGGUCAAUUGUUUAAUGAAGUGCCCGCUCGUGACGAGGGACACCUUAGGUUUUCGCGGGAAAGUCGUUAUAUGACAUUGACAGUGCCGAUCGGACCGAAACCAAAUUAUCCCUUUAAUUGAUACAAAUUCAGAAAUAGUGUAUUGAAACAGUUAGGAACUUAGCAUAGAGAAAACGAUUGCAGAAAAGAUCGAAAAGGAAUGCUUUGAAGUGUGAUACUUUAUCACUUAAAUCAGCAAAAGUAUCAUAUUUCAUGCACUUUAAUUAAUGAGGUAAAACACAU